UAUUAUUUUGUGGUCUCUUUGAACAGACAGAGUGCACAGACCUGCAAGGAGAAACUUGGCGCUUUUAGAAAAGGACUGAAAAAACUUCCUCUUGAAUUUGGUGAGGGUAGAUUUUGUCAACUAGAAUUUAUAUACUUUAAAUUUGAAAUUUCCUCCCUUAUUAUUUAUUCCUGUGAGGCCAAGGGGGUUUUCAAUAAAAAUUGGCAAAUCGAAAAAAUGUUUUUAAUCUGCUAUCUUCUUUUUUGCUUUUAAAAUUUAUAGUUUAUAUCACUGCUCCAAACAAAAUUCCAUCAGAGGGUGGAGAUAUAGCAAUAAAUGAAGGUAUGAUGCAUAAAAAAUUUGCCAUAGAAAAACGUGAGUUUAAAGACAAGUAAAACUUUGCACUGAUAAUUCAUAGUUAUUAUUUUUAUGCAGGAUCAAAUGAGUUUGGCUGGUGGUUUUCAACAGAAAAUGAUACAUAUGACCCUCUUAGUCCUUCAGAAAUCUCAAAAGGAUAUGAAGAGUCAUUAGAACUAGUAAAAACAACUUUUGCAGACAAAGUAUGUAGGUGUUGACUUUAUUUAUAAAUAAAUGUCAAAAAUAUUUCUAAUAUUAUUUUGAUAAUCAAUAAUUAACUACUCUCUCCACUUUUAAUUUUUAGGGUCCUUUUGAUGGUAUGUAUGCUCAAGAUAGAACUGAUUACUAUUAAUACUUUUGUUAAUAUUGACAUUUAUGGUACCUAUUAUGAAAAGAAAAACUUUUUCCCUUUAUUUCAGGCAUUCUUGGUUUUAGCCAAGGCUCCUGCCUGCUAUCGGUUCUUUGUGCUCUAAGGGAACAAGGUAUAUUUUUUAUAUUCUGUAGCGAUUACGAGCUUCAUUUAUAGACCAUUUUUUUAUAUUGAUUAUAACCUUCCUUUACAUAAAAUACCCACUUUGAUUCAUAUAAUACCCACCAUAGCUCCAGCAGAUUUUCUGCCCAUAAAAUACUUUUUUGUUGGCCUGAGUUAUUGAUAAUAAUUAUUGUUAUAUUAAUGAACUGAAUUCUUGCUUGAAUGGUCUUGACCACCAUCUUGCUGACCAUUCAUUAUGUGUGUAUUUUUUCCUUGAAACAUCUGGUCCUGGUUGUUCAAAACCCUUAUAGAGCCUUCCGCCAGAUAAAUCAAUAUCGGCCAGUUGAUAAGUAUUAAGGGAAACCAUUAUAUAGCAUUAUCUAGUGGAUAGGGAUUUAUCAAGUGGAUAGUACUAUCCACCUUUGAUCAACUGGGGCCAGGUCAGGAACAAAAAAUGUAUAAACAUGAAAAACUGAUAUUUUUGAUUGUGUUAUAGGGUGUCUAGAUUUUAAAUUUGCCAUUCUUGUGGCUGGAUUCAAAUCUCGAUCGUUAGGUCACAGUGUGUAUUACAAUGCACCAAUCACUUGUCCCACUCUACAUGUGUUUGGCGACACAGACAGAGUUAUACCCAAAGGUAUGUUAUCUUUAGUCAAGACACUGGAUUCUUCACCCUCCUCUUCCCUCGAUACGGUGUAGUCUGCACACGGACAUCUUCUAAAGUUUUACUGGAGUUGUCUGUGUUACCUCUGCUACACAGGCACUCAAAGGGGCUUUCCAUGUAAAGAGAAGCUACUGAAAAAGUCAGUGCAGGCAUAUAUUGGGUUGUAGAAGCUGGUGAUUAAACUUUCAACUUUUGUCUCUGCAAUCUUUUUGUGCAAUGGAAAUCCAGGAGAGAGGGCUUUUGCAGAGUGAAGAAUAAAAGGCUCUGCCAUAGACUAGAUCCUCUUUAAGUCUGUUAUUUUGAGGCCACAGAGUAAAAUUUAUUCUCUGGGGUUCUUGGUCAAGCUGUCUUUUUGUGACAUUGUUUCUUGUUGCAAGACUCACAAAACGUACAGUGAGGACACUGGUCAUUGUAUGAUAGCACAUGUGCACAACAUCUACAUCGCAGAAGGCAAAAAAGGGUCAUCAUCGGGGCCAUAGCAUGGGGAGGGGCCGAAGGGCCAUGCCAUGCCCCUCCCCCAGUUUUUUGCCCCAAGAAGUCAAAACAUGCAUGCCUAAAAUUUGAAAAUAAAACUUCAUCUCCCAGAGCAUUGAAACAAUGAUGUCUCUGCAGCUAGGUGAAACAUUUUCUGGUUUUAAGAUACAGAGACCAGUCUGAUGGGUCCUCUGCUUUUCAAAUACAAUGAGCUACCUAAAACUUUUGUGCCCCCUAGUUUCUAAAGGCUUACUACAACCCUGAUCAUAUGAAGAUAAAGGUACAUGAUAACUGCAUGUUGUAAAUGACCUAGUAGUUUGAUUUAGGUAAGGAAUGGUGUAAACUAUUUUGCACCCUGUCUUUCUACAUUCCUGUCACAGAUCAUUUUGAUUGUUAAUUACCUGCUGUCUUUAAUUGAACAGAAAACAGUGAAGAAUUAUUACAGUAUUUUACAAAUGCCACGAUUCUUAAUCAUCCUGGAGGUUGGUGAAUAAUAAUAAUAAAUUCACGUCAUUUUAUCAUAAUGAAUUUUUUUUCUGCAGUGGAAUCUUUAUAAUAUGUUUUGAGCUCACUAAAGUGUUUCAUUUUGUUGUUUUACACUAUUUUAACAAAGUGUUUAUUUCUCUGCUCCUCAGGCCAUUUCGUCCCAACACAAGCUCCUCAAAGAACGGUGUAUAUAGAGUUCCUGGAACAGUUUCUUAACAAGGCUUGACACUCUCUUCCAUAAGCAAAAGUGUUAGCAGUAGAAAGUGGAACUAAUUCUUCAAGAAGCCACAAGCAUUCAUUAGCCUAAUGACUAAAGUUAGGUUUACACUAGAGCUCAGGUUGUCCCUUUACACGCAGAUGCGUGAUUUCCGAAAUAAAAACAUCCGGUUUUGGUCACGCUUCCAGAGCAAUCCCGACCCAGAGCUGUUCUGCGCAUGUAGAGGAGAGAGAUCGCGCAUUCCCAAACCCGUAAGCACUGGGGUCGAGAAUGAGAGCAAAAAGUUUUGGUUGGAUCAAAGAGCAUGCGUUGUGAGGCCCAGAUAGCCAGAUUUUGGCUACGCUGGCGCAGAGUUUCCCAGAGCUUACGCGCGCAUUCCCAAACCCCGUAAGCGCUGGGGUCGAGAAUGGCUUCCAGAGAUUUUGAAACUAGAAUCAAACUGACCCCGUCCACUUACACGGCUUGGCCUUGAGACCGUUAACACGUAUUCGGUGAAAACUGUUACCGAAGACGCAUCUUUUCAAAGCGCUCCAGGUUUUUUGGCGGCUUAUUGUUUUUCGUGUGAACUUGGCCUGCGAGCGAACUCUCCGGGGCGCUCUGGCGGCGGGGGUGGGAAAAGGAAGGAGAGCACUAGCUUGCAACUAUUUCUC